UCCACGCUCGGGUCCUCCGGAGGGGACCCCCACCCGCGCGGAUUAAAGUGAAAAUACGCGGCGGAGGGGAGGGGGUGGGGCUCGCCCGCGCGCGCCGGGCUCCGGAGCGCAACUCCCGCGCCGCGCGGCGGCCGCCCCUGGCCAUGGACAGGCGGGCCGGGCGCGCAGGGCCCCGCGGCUGCCCGCGCCCCUAGCCGCCCUCCCCGCUCUCCCCGCCCGCAGCCCCGCGCGGGCCUCCGCGGACUCGGCGGCGGCUCCCCCGCCCGGACGCCCCGGGGCGGCUCUGCCCUGCGGUCCAGGAUGAUCCCGUCCGCGCCCGGGCCCCGCCGGCCCCCCGCGCUCCUCGGCCUGGCCGCCCUGCUCUCCACAGUGACCGAGGGCCGCGGCCUCCUGGACAGCACCCCGCGCUUCUCCCUGCUGCCCACCUACCUGCCCGUGAGCUUCCGCGUGGACGCCGACGCCGCCUUCUUCCUGCGGGAGGCCAACCAGGACGUGAUGCGCAACGCCAGCCUGCAGGCCCGUGUGGAGUCCUUCCUGGUCCUGCGCGCCCGGCGGCCGCCCGUGCUCCGCGCCCGCUACGGGCCCUUCUCUGCGCAGCAGGCGGUGCCCCGAGACCUGCUGCUGCCCGCCGGCCCCCCUGGCCCUCCGGGCGCGCCCCCCCUGGGCUGGAAGCUGCGGGCCCACAUCCUGCGGGACCAGAUCGACCCGGGCCGGCCCGUCGCGCAGGUCCUGUUCCACGUGCUGGGCCGGGACUGGGCCGAGCCGGGCCCCGCGGAGCCGCUGCCCUGCCUGCGGGUGUUCGCCUUCCGGGAGACGCGCGAGGUCCGGGCCGGCUGCCGGCUGCGGGGCGCGCUGGGGCUGUGCGUGGCCGAGCUGCGGCUGCCGCCCGCCUGGUUCAGCGCCCCCGCCGUGGUGGCCGGGAGGCGGCGGCCCGCGGGCCCGGCCGAGGGGAGCCCCGUGGAGCUGUACUACACCGUGCACCCCGGGGACCUGCGCCCCGGGGACGGGGGCAACUGCGUCCGGGCGGAGCCGGGGGCCGGCGGCGGGGGGCACACGGGCCCGGGCGACGGGGACGAGGCGGGGCCGCCCCUGCGGAGGAUCGGCAGCGUGUUCCUCAGCCCCACGCCCCGCCCGCCGCCGCUGCGGGAGCUGCGCUUGGAUGACCAGGUGGCCGUCCACUACCCGCCCCGCAGGGCGCGGCCGGGCGACGUGCUCACCUUCCCCGUCUCCGUCUCCAGCAACUGCACGUGGGACCGGUUCACCCUGAGGGUCAAGGUGAAGAGGGGCGUGCGCAUCGCCGCGGUCAGAGCCAGCAGCCCGGCCGUCUGGGAGGUCCAGGCGAGCAUGGACCGGGCCGGCAAGGCGGCCCCCGCCGUCAUCGUCUGCCGCCGGAAGUCCCCCGGCCCAGCACCCGGGGCCGCCAGCGCCGCCGAGGAGGUCAUGCAGAUUGAUGUGGAAAUCGAAGCGCCCAGCGACCCGCCGGCCACGCAGCUCGUCACGUGGCAGGUGGAGUAUCCAGGGGACAUCACAUCCGACUUGGGCGUCUCCAGGAUCUACGUGAGCCAGAAGGAGCUGGUCGGCAUCGUGCCCCUGGCCAUGGAGGCGGAGGUGCUGAACACCGCGGGCCUCACGGGGGAGGCGGUGGCCGUUCCGGUGACGGUGGUCUCGGUGGAGGAGGACGGCGCCGUGACGGACCUGCUGCGAGCCGUGGAGUGCAGGUCGGCCGACGAGGAUGUCAUCAAGGUGUCCGACCGCUGCGACUACGUCUUCGUAAACGGGAAGGAGAUGAAGGGCAAGGUGGGGGCGGUGGUGACCUUCACCUACCAGCACCUGAGCGCCCCCCUGGAGAUGACGGUGUGGGCGCCCCGGCUCCCGCUGCACAUCGAGGUCUCGGACGCCGAGCUCAACCAGAUCAAGGGCUGGAGGGUGCCCAUCGCCCCCGACAGCAGGCCAGCUCGGGACAGCGAGGAAGAGGAAGAUGAGGAGAGGCGGGGUCGGGGCUGCGCCCUCCAGUACCAGCACGCCAUGGUGCGCGUCCUGACUCAGUUUGUGGCCGAAUCAGCUGACCCUGGGGGCCCCCUGGCCCACCUGCUGGGCUCCGACUGGCAGGUGGACAUCACGGAGCUGGUGAAGGGGUUCAUGCAGGUGGAGGACCCUCGGAUCGCCCGGCUGCAGGGGGGGCAGGUCCUGGUGGGCCAGGAGCUCGGGAUGACCACCCUCCAGAUCCUGUCGCCCCUGUCGGACGCCAUCCUGGCUGAGAAGACCAUCACGGUGCUGGACGAGAAGGUCACCGUCACGGACCUGGGGGUGCAGGUGGUGGCAGGCCUGUCGCUCUCCCUGCAGCUCAGCCCAGGGAGCAACAGGGCCAUCUUCGCCACAGCCCUGGCUCAGGAGCUUCUGCAGAGGCCAGGCCAGGAGGCGGCCCUCAGCUGCUGGGUGCAGUUCAGCGACGGCGCAGUCACGCCCCUGGACAUCUACGCGGGGGGAGACUUCUCCCUGGCGGCCACCUCCGCGGACCAGCAGGUGGUCUCCAUCCGCCAAGACCCAGCCUCCCAGUGGCCUGUCCUCGUGGCGGAAUCCGAGGGGCAGGGCGCCCUGGUCAGGGUGGAGAUGGUCAUCAGCGAGUCCUGCCAGAAGUCCCAGCGGAAGAGCGUGCUGGCUGCGGGUACCGCGGCCCUGAGGGUGAAAUUCGGCCAGACCGACGCCCACCCCAACGCCAGCGACAGCAGACGCGCGGGGGCGGGCGCGCACCUGGAGACCCCGGGCGGCGACAGGCGGCCCCGCAGGCCCCCGCCGGCCUGGGACGGGCCGGAGGGCCAGGCGCUCAGCGGCGCGUCCGCUUCCGUGGGCACCGCGGGCGGGAGAGCGCCCACGACGGAGAGGUCGUCCUUGCGGAGGAACCAGGGCUGGGAGAGCCUCUCGGACGGCCGGGGCAGCCUGCACACCGUCCCCACCCACCUCCCCGGGGCCCCAGCCCAGGCCGAGCUCCCCGGGAGCCAUGGCGACGCGGACGCGGACCCGAGCGACCUGGCGCAGGCCUCCAAGGGGCUGAGCGACCUGGAGAUCGGCAUGUACGCGCUGCUGGGCGUCUUCUGCCUGGCCAUCCUCGUCUUCCUGGUCAACUGCGCCACCUUCGCCCUCAGGUACCGGCGCAAGCAGCUGCCCUUAGAGGAGCAGGAGGGGCUGAGCCACGCCCACGACUGGGUGGGGCUGAGCCCGGGGGCGGAGCUGCUGGAGAGCCGCCUCCGCUUCGCCCAGGACGAGCCGGUCAGCACCGCGGACAGGGGCCUGGACCUGGAGGAGAGCAAGUUCCUGAUCAGCACCCAGAACAGCGCCAACGGGCAGCUGCUGUCCGGACCCGCCGCGGGCGCCCCCAGGAGCGAGGGGAAGAGCGAGCCACCCGCGUCCCCCACCUCCAAGCGGAGGAGGGUGACCUUCACCACCUUCACCUCCAUCUCCUCCCCGGAGGACAGGGGCCCCGCGGGCGCCCCAGGGUCGGGCGGCGAGGAAGACUCGGGCUGGGUCUGCCGGGCCCUGGACCCUGGGGAGCAGGACCCACGCGGCUACGUGGAAGGGAUCCUCCGGGAUGACGUGUAGCGCGCACGCGCGCGGACAGUGGUUCUCACUCACCUUUUCGCCUUUAAUUUUGGGGGUGGGCGGCCAGGGUGCCCCGCCAGGGGGAGGAAGGAAGGACAGGACGAGACCCCGGUGACAUUGUCAACAGAGUCCCAGGAAAGACCCCUGGCUCCGCCCGGAGGCCGGCUCCCUCUGGACGCCCAUGUCCCCACGGCCAGGGUCAGUGGCGAGGCGCUCGUCACGCGUGGCAGGAUGUUUGAAACUGGGGAGAGAAAUACAGCCUGGAUCUCUGAGCGUCUGCGAGCCUCCAGGGACAGGCGCCCCCCUCUCUCUAAUCAGGGGGUCGGGUGUGAGGUCCGCGUGGGUCACCGGCUCAGGGUGUGGACGAGGGAGGAACGCUGACCUGGGAUGAGCGGAAGUGGUCCCUGGGGACGUGGGUGGCGGGACCUGGGGGGCACAUCUUGCUAUGAGAGUGGCCCCGCCGGCCCUGGGAGGCGUGACCACAGGCUAUCACCGCCCAAAGGCAGGGCCAGAGUGGCCGGCUGAUCUGCAGAGCCGGGCAGCGGCGCACCGGGGCGCGUGGGGGCCACGGCCCCUUCUAACUGGUGCCCAGGACACACAGACACACAGACGGACAGAGCCCUCCGUGCCGGCGAGUCAGCGCUUCCUCCCCUGUCCCCGGGGACGUGGGCCCAGAACGUCACUCAGGUUCAGAGACCUGAGGUUUUCCUGUAGCAGCCGCACCGCGUUCAGAGGCGCCCUCCCUGCACCAGCCUCUCCCCAGCCGGGUCCCUGUGGGCAGCGGGCAGUUCUCACGGGGUCUCUGUGGGCUCCCAGG